AUGGGUUCGAAUGUGUGGGUGCAAGCGUGUGGCUGCAAGCGUGUGGGUGCGUGUGCAUCUGGUGAAGGAAGGCUAAUCCUGGGAAUCAUCCUCUUUUUCUCGUCCACCUUAUUGAGAAAACUUCUCUCAUUCAAACCCAGAGCUAGGCAACUUGUUCUGCUGAUCCUGUGCUUCUUUCUACAAGGUUGUAAUUACACUGCAGAUGUCUUCCACGCCCUCUCUGCACUUAGGCAGGCUUCUGCAAUCCGAGUAAGUCUCCUCACGCUUCUGUCGGCAGCGGCGCGGGCGGGAGAGCAGCCGCCGCCGCCGCCGCCGCCGCGACGGCCAGCCGGGCCCGAGCCCCGGCCAGUCCGGAGCCCGCGCCGUCGCCGGCCGCGUCCUCCGGGCAUGGAAGGCGGCGGCAAGCCCAACUCGGCGCCGCACGGCCGCGACGAUGGCAACGGCGUCUUCCCCUCCAAGGCGCCCGCGACGGGGCCGGCGGCGGCCGACAAGCGCCUGGGGACCCCGCCGGGGGGCGGCGCGGCCGGCAAGGAGCACGGCAACUCCGUGUGCUUCAAGGUGGACGGCGGCGGGGCCGAGGAGCCGGCGGGCGGCUUCGAGGACGCCGAGGGGCCGCGGCGGCAGUACGGCUUCAUGCAGAGGCAGUUCACCUCGAUGCUGCAGCCGGGGGUCAACAAAUUCUCCCUCCGCAUGUUCGGCAGCCAGAAGGCGGUGGAGAAGGAGCAGGAAAGGGUUAAAACUGCAGGCUUCUGGAUCAUCCACCCGUACAGCGACUUCAGGUUUUAUUGGGACUUAAUAAUGCUUAUAAUGAUGGUUGGCAAUUUGGUCAUCAUACCAGUUGGAAUCACAUUCUUUACAGAACAAACAACCACACCGUGGAUUAUUUUCAAUGUGGCAUCAGAUACCGUUUUCCUGUUGGACCUAAUCAUGAAUUUUAGGACUGGGACUGUCAAUGAAGACAGCUCUGAAAUCAUCCUGGACCCUAAAGUUAUCAAGAUGAACUAUUUAAAAAGCUGGUUUGUGGUAGACUUCAUCUCAUCAAUCCCAGUGGAUUAUAUCUUCCUUAUUGUAGAGAAAGGGAUGGACUCGGAAGUUUACAAGACAGCCAGAGCACUUCGAAUUGUGAGAUUUACAAAAAUUCUCAGUCUCCUGCGUUUAUUACGCCUUUCAAGGUUAAUUAGAUACAUACAUCAGUGGGAAGAGGUAAGAAACUUAGGUUCAGACAAUCAAAGAGACUUGUCUAUCACAGGAGAUCUGAGGGAGAUGUUCUAUGAAAUUAAAAUGUCUAAUGAUGCCAAUGUGUGGGUUUCUUCCAAAUGUCAUGUCAUCUCCUUUAGAGCCAGUGCCUUGGGUUACUGA